AUGCUUGCGCUGCUGCUGAGCAUCCGCAACCCCAAGACCAAGACCAAGACCAAGACAAAGACAAAGACCAAGACCAGUCUUCACCGUAUGUCGUCCAGCCUCACCACCCGUCACGCUGCCGAUCCGCCCGACAUCAAGCUACUGACGACUUCCAGCGACAAGCCGUGCAAAGCCAAUGCCACUGUGCGCCGCCGCGACCAACGUCGUCGCAUCCGCCGCCAGCUCACGUCAAUCAGCCCUACAAACGCCCAUCCCCAGAGACAGUCUCCGCUCUGGUCCAAGCUUCCUCCCGAGAUCCGCAACCAAAUCUUCACUCUCGCCGUUUCACAGCAUGUUGAUCUCACUCGCCCGUAUCCAGAGAACAGCUGGCACUUUCGCCCUGGCUACACCCACGCCUCUAACAUGUACACCGAUCUGCUAGCCACCUGUCGCCUGGCCUACUGGGAGGCUUCGGCCAUUCCCCUGUCCACUGCCACCCUGCCCGUGUGGGACGACCGCGGCCCUCCCGAUGCUCCACGCUGGCGCUUUGCAGAGUUCACCGCCAGGAACACGGCUCUGUUGAACCACGUUCACUUCUUCGUGCGCCGCCCCAACGGCCACUGGUACACGCCUCUGCCACAGUUCCGCCCCAAGCGCAUCACCAUCACCAUCCGCCACACCUCCUGGUAUGGCUGGCCCAACGACAAGCCGCUCAUGAUCUUGGACACGUGGCGCAGUGGUCUCUGCCCGCCCAAUACCAAGUUUCCGUCGUGUCUAAGAGAGCUGACCAUCGAGUUUGAGACGUUGAAGCGCAAGAGGGACCAGCUGAAUGACAUCAUCAACAAGAGGGCCUACAACUGGCGCUUUGCGCUGGAGGAUGGCACCGUUCUAUCUCCACUCGCCACCCCGCCGAAGUAUUCCGAAUGGACCGGUGCCGCCGACUUCGGUGGUGUCAAGUGGCGCUUGGCCCACGGAAACCGAGAUACUAUCGACUAUAUCGUCGUUGCCCUGACCUGGAAGCCAGGAAGCUCCGACCAUGGAGUGAAGAUGGUCGAGUCCGCUUGA